GAGUAUUCUGCAGCACCAUCACUUUGUUCGUUUUGUUUUAUUCGUAUUCGUAUUCGUUUAUUUUUUUUUUGUUGUUUGCAAGUGCAUAGAAAUGUCGACUUUAAAUCGCCCCAAAUCACCACACACGCCCACAACAAUUAAGAAGGGCGAAAAGGAGGAUAGCUUCUGGGAUAAAUUCAGCACACUCGGCCGCAAACGCGGUACUCGAGAAGUUAAGAAAGUACAAGAGGAAGGCAAAUAUGCAAUCGAUUCCCCAGGCUCCCCCAAUCAGUUCGAUAUACCGCCCGAGGAUUAUGCACUGCGCGAACAUGAACAACGUGCUGUCAUCGAUCCACAAUCGAUAAGUGAUCCAGAGGUACUCAAACUGCAACGGAUACUCAUCGAUUGGAUAAACGAUGAGUUGGCGGAACAGCGUAUUAUAGUCCAGCAGCUGGAGGAGGAUAUGUACGAUGGCCAGGUGUUGCACAAGCUCUGGGAGAAGCUAACGGGCAAGAAGCUUGACGUGCCCGAGGUGACACAGUCGGAGCAGGGACAGCACGAGAAACUCAACAUUGUGCUAAAAGCCGUUAAUCACACACUUGGCUUUCAUCAGAAGAUACCCAAAUGGUCGGUGGCCAGUGUUCACUCAAAGAAUAUUGUGGCCAUAUUGCAUUUGUUGGUGGCCUUGGUUCGACACUUCCGUGCGCCCGUCCGUCUGCCGGAAAACGUCUUUGUCACAGUGGUCAUUGCGGAAAAGAAUGCCGGCGUCCUGAAUGCACAAAAAUUCCAGGAGCAAAUCACAUCGGAAUACGAUGAUCUGGGCAUGCGUUGUGAGAAGGAUGCGUUCGAUACGCUGAUUGACUGUGCACCCGAUAAACUGGCCGUGGUGAAAAAGUCCUUGAUAACGUUCGUCAACAAGCAUUUGGCCAAGUUAAACUUUGAGAUCGAUGACCUGAAUAAGGACUUUCGGGAUGGUGUGUAUCUGUGUCUGCUGAUGGGACUGCUUGGCGGGUUCUUUGUGCCACUGCAUGAGUUCCAUUUGACCCCGCAGGAUGUCGAUCAGAUGGUUAACAAUGUGGCAUUCGCCUUUGACCUGAUGCAGGAUGUGGGACUGCCAAAGCCAAAGGCUCGUCCAGAAGACAUUGUCAAUAAGGAUCUGAAGUCAACGUUGCGUGUCCUCUACAGCCUUUUUACCAUGUUUAGGGAUUAUGCCUGAUUAUCCAGUCCAUUCUAAUCUGUCUAUCGCAUCAUUUUUGUUAUAAAUUAAUAAUUUAUGCAUGUUUAAAACUUAAAUGAAAUUCAAGUUCAACGAACGAAUUGUGCCUCUUAACUAUACAUAUACAUAUAUAUUUUGUCAUAAAUGUGUGUGCCUAACCCGUUGUAAGCUGUUACCUUGAAUUGACUUGACUUAACUUGGCCGGUAACAAAAGCUAACCCAAAGUCCAA